GAAUUGAAUAGGAACGAAACAAACGUUGCCCACGAAACCUUGAAUGAAAGGUGGACGAAAGCAGGGAGAGGAGGAGAGGAGGAGAGGUGUGUAUGUGUAUGUGUAUAUGUUCUACUACUACUAAACCCUCUCAUUCUCUCUCUCUCUCUCCUCGCCCUGCCUAUUCGGAGUCCCUAUUGCCACCACGCUUUUCUCUCCUUUCUUUUCUUCAUUUCACGAAACAGAACUCAUCUCUCUCGUUCUUUCUCUCUCUCUCUAGACCACCACAGGCCACACCCGAAGUCUUGUGAUUUUAAUAAUGCAAAAGCUUUUCAAUCUCAACUUGGGUUUCUGAUUCUAUAAUUUAUACAAGUGUUCUUUUUUUUUUUCGGUUCAAACGAAGGUAAAGAUGUCUAGUUUUGUGGGUGUCAUUGUUUCUGAUCCAUGGCUACAAAGCCAAUUCACCCAAGUGGAGCUCCGGACUCUCAAAUCAAAAUUCCUCUCAAUAAGGACUCAAUCAGGUCGAGUCACGGUGGGAGAUUUGCCAACUCUCUUUGUGAAAUUGAAGGCCUUCAGUGAAUUGUUCACUGAGGAUGAGAUUAAGGCUGUUUUAGAGGAAUCAUAUAAGGACAUGGGUGAAGCAAUCGAUUUCGAAUCCUUCCUCCGAGCCCAUUUGAAUUUGCAAACUCGGGCUACAGCAAAAUCAGGUGGUUCAAAAAGUUCAUCUUCAUUCCUUAAGGCAACUACAACCACUGUCCACCAUGCAAUUAAUGAAUCCGAGAGGGCUUCUUAUGUUGCCCACAUUAACAGCUUUCUUGCUGAAGAUCCUUUCUUGAAAAAAUAUCUUCCAAUAGAUCCAUCCACAAAUGCAUUAUUUGAUCUUGCAAAAGAUGGAGUUCUUCUGUGCAAACUUAUUAACGUAGCUGUUCCUGGGACUAUAGAUGAGCGAGCAAUUAACACUAAAGCAGCCCUUAAUCCGUGGGAGAGGAAUGAGAAUCAUACCCUUUGCCUUAAUUCUGCAAAGGCUAUUGGCUGCACAGUAGUUAAUAUUGGCACACAGGACUUGAUUGAGGGAAGACCACAUCUUUUACUUGGAUUAAUAUCUCAAAUAAUUAAGAUUCAACUACUAGCUGAUCUCAAUCUGAAGAAAACUCCACAACUUGUUGAAUUGGUGGAUGAUAGCAAGGACGUGGAGGAGCUCUUGGGUUUAUCACCUGAAAAGGUUUUAUUGAAAUGGAUGAAUUUUCAUCUUAAAAAGGCUGGGUAUGAGAAACAGGUUACAAACUUCUCUUCUGAUGUGAAGGACGGAGAGGCCUAUGCUUACCUCCUUAAUGCUCUUGCACCAGAGUACUCAGGUCCCGCUACCUUGGACAAGAAGGAUCCAGCGGAAAGAGCAAACAUGAUUCUUGAGCAUGCAGAAAAAUUGGAUUGCAAAAGAUACCUGACUCCUAAGGACAUUGUUGAGGGCUCACCAAAUCUUAAUCUUGCAUUUGUGGCUCAGAUAUUCCAGCACAGGAAUGGAUUGACUGUUGACAGCAAAAAAAUGUCAUUUGCUGAGAUGAUGACUGAUGAUGCUCAAACUUCUCGGGAAGAGAGAUGUUUUAGACUAUGGAUUAAUAGUCUUGGAAUAGCUACCUAUAUCAACAAUGUUUUCGAGGAUGUCAGAAAUGGAUGGGUCCUUCUGGAAGUUCUUGAUAAAAUUACACCAGGUUCAGUCAACUGGAAACAGGCAUCAAAGCCCCCUAUAAAGAUGCCAUUUAGAAAAGUUGAGAAUUGCAAUCAAGUUAUACUGAUUGGCAAGGAGUUAAAUUUCUCUCUUGUGAAUGUAGCUGGGAAUGAUAUUGUGCAAGGCAAUAAGAAGCUCAUACUGGCAUAUUUGUGGCAGUUGAUGAGGUUUUCUAUGCUCAAACUCUUGAAAAAUUUGAGAUCACACUCCCAAGGUAAGAAGGGAAAAGAGAUUACUGAUGCUGACAUUCUAACUUGGGCUAACAACAUAGUGAAGAAAGCAGGUAGAACCUCCCACAUGGACAGUUUCAAGGAUAAAAAUCUUUCAAAUGGAAUCUUCUUCCUUGAACUUCUUAGUGCUGUUGAGCCAAGGGUGGUAAACUGGAGUGUUGUCACGAAGGGGGAGACUGAUGAAGACAAGAAAUUGAAUGCAACAUAUAUAAUCAGUGUUGCUCGGAAGCUUGGCUGCUCCAUUUUCUUGUUACCUGAGGAUAUUAUAGAGGUCAACCAGAAGAUGAUUCUCAUUUUGACUGCAAGCAUCAUGUACUGGAGCUUGCAGCAACAAGCUGCUGAAUCAGAGACUGCUUCUGAUGGAUCACCUGCAGCUUCUGUCGGUAGUGAAAACGAAGCAGUUCUGUCCAAUGAGGUCUCUAACAUGGCCCUUGAUGAUCUCUCCCCAGAGGUUGGAGAUGAGAAAUCAUCCGAAAAGGCAGAAAAGGAUGAACCCUCAGAAAAUGUUGGAAAUGAAGAACCCUCUACAAAAUCUGAGGGAAUAGACACCCAAGAUAAAGAGUAGCCAAAACAUAGAAUUGUUUUCUCCAUAUAUAUAUUUUAAUUAAUUUCUCUAAUGAACAGGAACUAGAGGUUGUUUUAAUUGCAGUUGGCAGAUCCUUGCUUGCUCUAGGUGGAAGAGAGAAUGGUUAAUUUUAUUUGCUUGUGAACCACAGAAAAAAGAAAGAAAAGAAAGAAGGGCUGUUGUAAAUUUUGGUUAUAGAUUUUUGUUUUAGGUCUAUUCUUUGAAAGGAAAUUACAUUAUUUUUGCUGAAUAAUAUGUUGGCUGGAGAAUGCAUUAUUUUCUAGUCCAGUAUGAUUGUUUUGUACCAUUUACAGUAGAAUAUUUUUUCAUUCACAUAUACACUAUUCAUUGUCAAUCGACCCAUUACAAAUUAA